AUGACCAAGACUUACUUCGACGUUGCCGCUGAUGGCAAGCCACUCGGCAGAAUCUCCUUCCAGUUGUACGACGAUGUUCCAAAGACCACUGAGAACUUCAGAGCUUUGUCUACCGGUGAGAAGGGUUACGGUUACAAGAACUCUAUCUUCCACAGAGUCAUUCCCCAAUUCAUGUUGCAAGGUGGUGACUUCACCAGAUUCAACGGAACCGGUGGAAAGUCCAUCUACGGUGAGAAAUUCCCAGAUGAGAACUUCAUCCACAGACACACCAAGCCAGGUUUGUUGUCUAUGGCUAACGCCGGUCCAAACACCAACGGAUCCCAAUUCUUCAUCACCACCGUUCCAUGCCCAUGGUUGGACGGUAAGCACGUUGUCUUCGGUGAGAUCAUUGAUGGUUUCGACGUUGUCAAGAAGGUCGAGUCCUUGGGUUCUAACUCCGGUGAGACCAGAGGCAAGAUCGAGAUUGUCGACUCUGGUGAGCUCUAA